AUGGGUAACUGUUGUUCCGGGGCAAAAGAAGAAAGCAAAAAGACGGCAGCCUUUCAAACAGCAGACGAUGGAGACCAUGUUGGAUUUCCCGUCGCCGACUCGUCGUUGAGUGGCCUCGAUGGAUUGGGUGGUGGUGACAACAACGCACAACCACCACAACAGGCGCCACAACAGGCACAACAACAGCAAGAACAACAACAGCGCAACGUCAAGGCAUUGCGGGAAGAACAAAAUCGACUCGAUUUGAUUGUCCAAAUGGCCGGACGCGGCAUGGUCUCGGUACGAUCCACCCGUGGCUCGACUGGAUAUUACGAUCAAGGAUUUGCCGCGGCGCUGGGGCAACAUUUGGAACAAACCACUACAUUUCCCGAUCAAUUGCCCAUUCGAUUGCCAUCUUCUGCCAGCACAUCCGACAAUAAGAGUGUCUUGCAACGAUUAUCGCAACCACAGUGGGACAAUAUUGCACUGGGGAAAAAGAAAUUGGGGUUGGCUGGAUGUGGUGGGGAAAAUCCCAACACGUAUAUGGAUCAUAUUGCCGGAUCCUUUCUGGAUUCGGUAGUCCCCAAAAAGGAACGAAUAUUUGCCGGUGGAGUGGGACCCAUGGUGGAGAAUUUAUUAUGA